CAAUCGGAAGAUAGAAGUUUCCCAAAACUUAUCAAAUCUCUGUGUAUCGCUCGCCGACGAGGCAGGAAGGACGACCAAUUGAGACGUUGACCCUUAAUCCGAUUUGAACAAUCUCUCUCUCUCUCUCUCUCUCUCUCUCUUGGUCGAGAUUCAUAAAAGUCUCUUCUUUCGUCUUCUUCGAUCUCGGAUAAUCACAAAGUUUAUCUUCUUCUUUCUUUUUUAAAAAUAAAAUCAGAGAGCAGAUCUUGCGAAUGGAUAGCAGUUACUCUGUCAUUUCCAAAACUUCUUACGUUGAGUUACAGAAACCGACGGUUAAUGGGAAACCCAGAAACAAGUUGCUUCCUUCUGAUGAAGAAAGCUUCGUCAAUGAUUUUGACGAUGCCCGUAAUGGUGUUGGGGGUGAAGAUGCUGAUGAUCUCGAUUUCGAUGUCGCUGAUUACCCACUCGUUCAUGGCAAAUCAUCCAAUCAAGGAUCUGGGAUUUACGGUGCUGUUUUCAAUCUCACCACUUCUAUUAUCGGCGCCGGGAUCAUGGCAUUGCCCGCCACCAUGAAAGUUCUCGGCUUGGUUCUAGGGUUUGUUUUGAUUAUCCUCAUGGCUCUUUUGUCUGAGAUUAGUGUUGAGCUUCUGGUUAGAUUUUCUGUUCUUUACAAGUCCAAAUCCUACGGCGAGGUUGUUCAAUUCGCUUUGGGGAAAACCGCUAGGGUUUUGUCUGAGAUUUGUAUCAUUGUCAACAAUGGUGGCGUUCUCGUUGUUUACUUGAUUAUUAUGGGCGAUGUUAUGUCUGGUUCUCUCCAUCACAUUGGGGUUUUGGAUCAAUGGUUAGGGAAUGGGUUCUGGGAUCACCGUAAAGUGUUGAUUUUGAUUGUUAUGGUCAUCUUCUUGGCUCCUCUCUGUGCUUUGAACAAGAUUGAUUCCUUGAGCGUUACAUCAGCUGCUUCUGUUGCUCUUGCUGUUGUCUUUGUGGUUGUCUGUUUUGUUGUCGCCACCAUCAAGCUUAUCGAAGGAACUAUCGACCCUCCAAGGUUGUCUCCUGACUUUGGUUCCAAACAAGCAAUUUUGGACCUUCUUGUGGUCAUUCCGAUUAUGUCAAACGCAUACGUUUGUCACUUCAAUGUUCAGCCGAUAUACAACGAGCUUGAAGGUCGAUCACCUCAUAAGAUGAACCGAGUUGGGAGAAUCACAACAGCCAUUUGUGUUGUUGUCUACGCUUCAACUGCUGUAUCGGGUUAUCUCCUCUUCGGCAAGGACACCGAAUCAGAUAUCUUGACCAACUUUGAUCAAGAUCUCGGUAUCCGGUUCAGCUCUGCGGUGAAUUACAUUGUCAGAAUCGGCUACAUUCUUCAUCUAGUUCUCGUCUUCCCUGUGAUCCAUUUCUCCUUGAGAGAAACCGUCAAUACCUUACUGUUUGAAGGCUCGCCUCCUCUAUCCGAAAGCAAAAAGAGAUCUUUGGGACUCACUGUGGUCUUGCUGGCUCUUAUUUACAUUGGCUCAACGAUGAUACCAAACAUAUGGACUGCUUUCAAAUUCACAGGCGCAACAUCAGCUGUUUCACUUGGUUUUACAUUCCCUGCUCUGAUCGCAUUGCGGUUAGGGAAACAGAGCAAUUCGUUAAGCUUCGUGGAAAGAUCAGUGUCAUGGCUGAUGCUAAUCUUGGCCGUAGUGGUUAGCAUUGUUGGAACCAUUGGCAACAUUUACAGCCUCGAGAGCAAAUCAGAUUGAUACUUAUAGCAGUUUUCCAGGAUCUUGUAGAUUUAUAUAGUCAGAGAUUCUCAGUCCAAUACCGAACCGGAAAUCUUCAGCGACUGCUACAUGCACCUUUAGGAUGUCGAUCAAUGGCGUUUGUUCAGGCUAAGCCUAAAGAUUUCCGGUUUGUGAAUUAUAUGUAUACAGACACCUGAUUCUUAUGAUUUUAUUAUAUAUACGCAUUUUUUUUCUGUUUUUCUUAACAGAAAAUCUCCUCCUUUUUUUUCUGGCUGCGAAUCAUUCUUUUAUGUGUUCAUGGAUCGUUUGUGGACUGAUGUUAGUAGAUGAAUUUAGUUUG